AUGGUGACCAGGGGAAUGUGCGCCACAAAUAACGAUUGCUCUAGUAACCCGUGCCCUGAAAAUAAAAAAUGUAUCAUCGAUGUAUCUGAUAAUGAGCACCGCUGCCAAUGUUUCCAAGGUUUCUCUGGAGAACAUUGUGAGCCAGUCAGGACAGGUGGAUGGAGGAAAAUCAAUGAUGACCCAGUGUGCUUUAGCACGCUUGAUGACAGAUAUGGAGCAUUCACCAUUAAAGAGGACGGGUUUAUCGACACCUUCAAACUCGUCCAUAGACGCGGCCGCGGCAUAAAAUGCAACCGAAAUUUCCCGGCUGCCUAUUGGGGUUGUUUUAACAGAAAUAAUGAGCCUGAUAUCUUAACUACUGUCAUAACUUUCUCGAAUAACACUGCUCUUCCGAUUGCGAAUUACUCCGAGACAAUUAGCAACACUGGAGCUUUGUGUCGAUACUACACAUACAGGAUCAGCGGAGUUGAUGUGAACUCCAAGGAAUUGAUCUUUGAGGGCCUUCACUCACCGCUUUGGGUGAAAAUUGGUGAGGAGUUCAGGAUUUGGCAUGGACACGAUCUUGUGGAUUGCGAUGAAGAAAACAACAGCGGUCACACAUGUGCUGAUGCAUACGCUUGGUAUUUCUAGUAAUCCGUCCAAAACGUAGACAACAUGACAGAUCAAAAGACCAAGGAACGGGCGGACUACACAGAACAACGCGAUUAAGAAAAUUAUGACGAAAUAAAUCGAUGGGUCGGUCGACCUUUCGAAACAGUAGGCGGACGAACUCAUUAACGAAGAAAACUUUAAGUUUGUUCUCCUAUAGCUGAACAAACAGAGCCUAGUUUCUUUUCAUUCACACAGUAAUUUAUGCUCAGUUAUUAAGUAAAAAGAAAUAAGUUGUCGUGGUUAGUGAUUUAAAAGACGGGGUAGUAAAGAUACUCGAACUUUCUAAUGUCAUCCCAUAGUAACGUCUAGAACAUUCUGUUAGGUUAUUUAAUUAUGGUUACCAAAAUAGUUGUGCUGUAGGCUUCCCAAAUGUUAUGGAAGACAUUGUAAAUGUUUGUAGGGAAUCAGUCGUCUAGGAGUAAUAGUUGCUGUUCUCGGAAGAGACUGGAAAGCUCUACCGACAGAGAACUAUUGUAGUAGACUUGAAGGAUUGUGCAUUUCGAGGA